CAUUUACAAAACUGUUUCCAUACAAUGUCCCCACAAAUGUGUUUUUUUUUUUUUGGUUAUAAAUUGUUGGUCUUUACAUGUCUCAGACUUCAAUUAAGGUUUACUCUGAAAUGGGCUUGCUCAAGCUUCCAUUGCUGGUUUUACUUUUCUCGGUUUUUUCUCUUUUGAGAUUCAUAGCACUCUGUGAUGACUCAGAGAUCAUUGUGAAGUUCUUGAAGACUCCCCUUGCAUUCUCAAAUCUCAACUCAACCAUAUUCGUCUUUGAAGUUCUUGUGGGUGGGAGUGGCGCCUGCACCAACUGUAACAUCACUUGCAAGUUGGAUGAUGGCUUUGGCCGCAUUAAUGCUUCUCAAUGUGAAAAUGGGACGGUUUUGUGUGAAGGCUUGCAGGAUGGAAAUCAUAAAUUUGAGGUUUGCCCCAGCGGGACUCAAGGAGUUGGGUGCAGUAGCUAUAACUGGACUGUUGAUACUAUCUCGCCAACGGCAUAUAUCUCAGCCUCAACACCUUUCACAAAUGCUCUGAAUGUUUCUAUAAAUAUAUCUUUCAGUGAACCCUGUACUGGUGGAGGUUUUGAAUGUUCAUCUAUGAAAUGCAAUCUUUUGGUCUAUGGUGCUGGCCAAGUUAUACCAAACUCGCUCAAAACUCUACAGCCAAACCUCCAAUAUUCUGUCCUUGUGGGUUUAUCAUCCACUGCUCAGUUUGGGCGAGUGACUUUGGUAAUGGAUAAGAAUUUUUGUACUGACAGUGCUGGGAACAAAUUUACAAGAAACGCCAAUUCUACUUUAUAUGUGCAUUUAAAUAGACGAAGUGUUGUCAACUUCACUACUCACGUUCCUAAAAGGCAACUUCAAUUUAAUGGUGAAACUAUAUUGGUGCGAGCAACCAAUAACUAUAAGAAACUAAGGGUCUGUUUAACCUUUCCAGAGCCUGUUCUCAACACAUCUGAAGAAAUUAAAAAUUCUCUCAAAGCGAAAAUUUUAUACUCUCUCCCAAUGAGUCAGGGCUCAUUUCUUGCUCUGGUUGACACUGAACCAAAUGAAGGGCCUAGCAGAUUUGAAUAUAAGGUUGUUCCAUAUAUAUUUGACACGAUUGUAGUCAAUGUAAGCAUUGAUACAACCUCUAUAAUAAGCAGACAGGGGACUCCAUUUUCCCCAGUUGAACCAAUUACUUUCAUAUAUGAUUCUCUGAGGCCUGCUGUAUUCUUGAGUGAACUACCUACCGAAUUUUCGAGGCCUGCUGUAAUGUUGCGUACACUAUCCCAUAUUUGGACAAGAGAACGCAACAUCUCUGUGUUGAUAGAAUUCGUGAAGCCUGUAUUUGGCUUUAGCCGUUCUAAUAUAUCAAUUAGAGGAGGGAAAUUACAAAGCUUUGAAGAAAUGUGUAAUGGCAUAUAUACUAUAGUGAUAAAAGCAGACCAAGAUAUUGUAUCUGUCAAUGUUCCCCAAAGCGUAUCUGGAGAUGUUGCUGGAAACAAAAAUCAGCCUUCCAACGUUCUAAAAGUAAUGCACUAUUCUGUGCCGAAAAUAUCAACUGUGUUUUCUGGAUCUACAACUGGUUCAUUUGCGGUGAUAGUUAUUGCUGCCGGGCUGCUUAAGGUUUCGAUAGCAAGCAUUCAUUCCAAUGGGGAAUUUCCAAGUCAAUUUUCUUACUUAUCUCAGCCUGAGAGUAAUCUUUUUGGAAUUGCAUGCCAUCUGCAGGUUAUUGCAUUAUCUGGAUGGUUGGCAGUGAGACUGCCAGCGGAGUAUUAUGAAUUGACAAGGGGUUUGCGAUGGAGCAUUCCCUACUUAAGUCUUCCAUGGGAAAGGGAAACUGGGCGCACCCGUCUCCCUGCCAGCACACACAUGUCUAAAAUUCAUUAUUCGGGAAUCUUUCUGAAUGAGCUGCAGAAAGGCCUGAAACCAAGCCCUUUAAGUGGGUACGCGGCUUCGGUGGCUGCAGUAGCUUUGGAAUCAUUAAAUGAGACACAAAUAAAUCUUUUUAAUUCUUCGACACCAGUUACUUGUACUCUUGAUCCACAUAAUUCGACAUCACCUCCUAAUUGUACUCUUUCUGAUGAUGGGUGGAAGGAUUUCGGUAAAAACAUGUUCUGGUUAGCCAUAAUUGGUGGCGUUUUCAUAAGCGUGCAUGCUUUACUCCUUCUCAUCCUAAAGUUGAAAAAGAAAAAUUCUGAAGAGCAGAGGGAUUAUGGAGUACUCACAUCCCCAAGAUUUGAAAUUGUCAUUGUAAAUCUUGCGCUACCUUGUAUUUGUGAGGCCUCUGCCUCUAUAAUUAGAGGAGGAACGAAGUCGGGGAUUGCUGUUGGCGUUUUGCUUCUAGGUGUUGUAUCUUUUCUCCUGCUGGCCUUGCUCUUGUUCCUCUCUAUAGGUAUUACAUUUGCAGCGCUACUUCAAUACGAGGAAGUUCAUCAAGAGGGUCAGGGUUUUCCCUGGUGUAAAAAAAUAGUCCCAGUAUUAUUGGUUUCUGUUGAGAAAGGCAACUGGACACCGAAAAAACAAUAUGUAAAAAUUUUAGGGUCUCUAUAUGAAGAUUAUAGAGGCCCUCCAAAGUCCAAGCUCUCACAGAUUUCUGGCGGCAGUUCCCAUACACAAGGUGCAGAUGACAAAACUGAAGCUGCAGAAGCAACUUUUAUCCAAAAGCUGUUUGGAAAACUCAGAAUAUACUACACAUUGCUUGAGCCUGUUAUCCAAAAGCUAUGUGGAGAACUUAGAAUAUACUACCCGUUGCUUGAGUCCGUGAGACGUGUUUUGCUAGCGAUUAUGGCUGGUUUCUAUAAGGACAAGAAGUCUUCUGAGAUUCCUACCACAUUCGCUCUAUGCAUCAAUUGUUUUCAUCUCUUCUUCCUUGUUCUCGAGAAGCCAUAUAUUGAGAAAAAGACGCAGUUGCUUGAGAUCAUGUCAGUUUCCAGUGAAGCAUGUAUAUCGGCUAUUUCAUUUGUUCUCUCGGAGAAGGAUGAGGAUAAAUUUGGAGUUCUCAUGCUUAUACUUGCCCUAGUGGGAAUUUUACCACAGAUAAUGAAUGAAUUGUAUGCUUUGUAUAAACAAAUAAAGCAGCUGGACUUUGAGAAGCAUUCCUUAUCAACCGGUUUGAAAACAGCUUCAUCUGGAUUAACUUCGCUUUUCAGCUCAAAGGAGUUUUCAUGUUUUCAUUAAGAAGGCCCCCAGCUUUAAAGGAUAAUAUUGCAGACUCCAACUCUAAACCAACCUCUGUUGCAGAUGAAGAUACAGCUACCUCUACCUCUACCUCUUAUCAAGUCAAAUCUCCAAAUCCAGAUUGAACCAAAAUUCACCAGUCCUUCGGCUGAAAGUAACAGGAACUCUGGGAGUAGGAACAGGAACAAGAAUUCUUGGAGUAGGAACUCGAGCACAACUGUUCCAGAAAAAUUAUGGUUGAACCAACACCACUCUUUGAUUUAUUAGGUGCUAUCUGUAGUUGCUUAGAUGUUACAUGUUAGAAUAGACUUUAUCCUUUUAUCCUUAGCAUUGUCUUAGCUUAUCAUUUGUUUUAGUUCACCUCAGCUUUAUCUCAUUGUUGAGUUACGUUUUCAAGCAUGUAAGGCAUCUGUAAAAGCCUAUGAACAAUUAUAAUAGAUUAUUAUCAGAACGUAUAUGAGAAAAAUCAAG